AUGGAGCUUCGUAGCGACAUGGAGCGCCGAUCCCAAGAGCUCUCCACGCAGGUGGAGAGCCUGGCGCAAACGCUGCACCGCUUGGACGGGCAGAUGCUUCACGGAAAGACCAACGGCGAGGCAGCUUGCAGUUGCCCACAGCUGAAGAAGAUCGUGUCCUUGACCUUGCUGGAGCUCGAAAAGUUGACCAGGAGGGCCAACGACGCCUUCGACCGCUCAGCGUGCAGCUCCAUCAAGCAGAUUCAAGAGUUGCAACACUUGACGGAGAGCAUCGAUCGUGGGGGGCCCGAGCAUCGGUGUUGUGGGACCCGCGGACCGCCAAUGGGCUGGGGUCCCUUGGGAGAUGUGGAGGAGGCGGGCUUCACUGCAGCCGACGGCAUUCGAGAAGGUCAGUGGCUGGGAAGCAGUUUUAUGGUGGCGAAAGGGGAGAUGGUGGCAUUCGGCGGGUCGUACAGCUGCUUCCGUGUGAGCCGACCACAUGAAGGGAUCCUGGAAGUGGUCUUGAACCGCGCCGAGGCGAGGAACUCCAUGAGCGCCAAGUUCGUGCGGGAGCUGCACCAAAUUUUGGAUGUCCUGCAGUUUCCUUACAGUGAGCGAGACCAUCCGCCCCUUCGCGUGCUGAUCUUGCGCGGUGAGGGGAACGCCUUUUGCUCGGGCUAUGACUUCAAAGACCAAACCAUGUCGAAGGCCAAUACGCCUUUCCUGCAACAUGCUUUCAGCGGCCUCAUCAAGAAGCUUCGCGACCUGCCGCAGCCCGUCGUGUGCGGUGUGAACGGCGCUGCUGUGGGCGCCGGCCUGUCGCUGGCGCUGGCGGCCGAUUUGCGCAUCGGUGCGCGCGAGGCGAGCUUCGUGGCUGCUUUUGUGAAGCUGGGCCUGGGUGGUGGUGAGUUGGGUACCAGCUACUUCCUCCCUCGCAUCGUGGGGCGCGGACGUGCUGCCGAAGCCCUAUUGACAGGGAAGCCCAUUAGCGCCAGCAAGGCAGAGCAGUGGGGGCUGCUGAACGAGGUGGUGGAUCAAGCCCAGUUGGCCAAUUGCUGCCUGAAGCACGCGAAAGAGCUUUUGGCGCUUUCGCCCAAGGGCUUGCGGUUGACCAAGUCACUCCUGAACAACUCCCAGGAGCUGAGUUUGACGGCCACUUUGGACCGAGAAGAUCUGGCUCAAAGCUACAUGGUGGCUGACAAAGAGAGUCAGGAGGUGGGAAAAGCAUACAUCGAACGCUUCAAAAGAAGGAGCUCCAAGCUCUGA